CCGAGCUCCCCUCAUAUUGUUUGCACAGAAAGGCAUUGUAAAGGCAUAUGCAUAUUCGUUCCUCUGUAAGGUCAUGGGCAUUGUCAAAAAAAGUUUGAUGCUCUAUAUUUUCACUGAGGUCGUGACACGUUGUUGAGUUGGCAUUAUCAAUAUGUAUAUCGAUGACUGUCUGAAGUGGAUGGUGCACGUUGGAGGUACCUAUGUAGGCCUACACCUCAUUUAUUAGUUAGGAGAAUACGUUUAUGCAACCCUGUUCUGGAACUGCUUGAUUCUAAACUUCUACUUCUACUUCUUUUUCUACUUCUUCAUCUUCUUCAGGUUUACAUCUGCCUCCUUCAGGUUUGAAGAUUCUUGCGGCGGUUGACUCAGAUCAGCGUGUGCGUUGGUAAUUGAGUUUGGAUGCAAGCAAAGAGUCUUGUCCUCGAUUUAGCUGUCCCUCUCAGUGUGUGGCCAUCACAGGAUAGCAUCGACGAGCUGUUGAAAGGGACCACUUGAAGGAUAAAAGAUAUUUUUGGCUGAUAUAUUAUAGGCCUAUAGGGGCAAUCAGAAGACAGAAACCAUGUGUGUCCUUCGAGGUUGUAUUUUGAUGAUCUCAUUGGCGGCUUGCUUGUCCCCGGUGUUCUGCGCUAAGAUACUGUGUGCGAUGUCUGCUGUUAUCAAUACUCCAAGCCAGCACAUCGUCAUGUCUGCCAUCACCGAACCUCUAGUCCAAGCGGGCCACCAAGUCGUUCUGCUUGCUCCGAAGAACAAGAUCACGAAAGGACUGUCCUCGGAAGCCGUGACUGACAAGAUCUUCUUUAAGAGUUCCCGGUCUAAAGAAGAGCACCAGGAGUUUAUGGAUAUGUUGACUGGCCUCCAGCACCGUCUAAGCAAGAGCUCGCCGAUUGAAGUCGCCCGGAUCUUCUGGGAACAUCUUCAUAUACUCGGAGAAGGUUGUUCGAAACUCUUCAAAGACCAAAAGACCUUGGACAGCCUCAAGAAGGAAAAAUUUGACCUGAUCCUGACCUUGCCUAUCGUUGGUUGCGAUGCCAUUCUGGCAGAAUACCUUGAGGUGCCUUUUAUUGUGAUCAGUCCGGUGAGGAGAUCAAUAACCGUCACUGAAGACCACUUUGGAAUUCCAGUCCCUUCUUCCUAUGUCCCGUUCAGUUUCUUCACCUCCUUCAGUGAUAGAAUGUCCUUCAAGGAGCGUCUCCUGAAUAACCUCUUCCGCGUCGUUAUCCAACCUCUGAUGGAAUUCGUGAUUACGAGUCGGAUAAGAGCCAUCAAGAAGGAGAUGAACAUCCGUCCAGAUCUCACGCUACCACAGGUUAUGGGACAGGCAGAGUUGGCCUUCGUUUAUUCGAACGUCGCCUUGGACUAUCCCCAACCCAUGGGACCCAACUGGAUACCAAUUGGGGGCAUUACGGCUAAACCGUCCAAGCCACUGACGAAGGAUUUGGAAGAGUUCGUCGAAGGCUCGGGUGAACAUGGAAUCAUCAUCUUCACAUUGGGUUCAGCUGUGACGUCACUACAGAACGAGGAACUUGCCGAAUCAAUCGCUAAAGUUUUCAGUGAGCUACCGCAGAGGGUGCUAUGGAGAUACAAAGGAAAGAGGCCCCAGAACGUGGGAAACAACACACUCAUAUCUGAUUGGCUACCACAGAAUGAUCUACUUGGACAUCCUAAGACGAGGAUGAUGAUCUACCACGGCGGGGCAGCAGGUGUCUAUGAAGCCACAACUCAUGGCGUCCCUCUCCUUAUCAUGCCGCUGGCUGCUGAUCAGAUGGGGAACGCAGCCAGAGUAGAAGCCAAAGGGUUCGGGCGAGCCGUCGAUAAGAACACGCUGACAGAGGACGAGUUCAGGGAGGCAGUCAAGGAUAUCCUCACCAACCCUAAAUAUCAGGCCGGUGCUGCGCGCGCAUCAGCCAUCAUCCGAGACUCCCUAGCCACGCCCCAAGAUACCGUUCUCUACUGGGUCGAACACAUCUUGAAAUUUGGAGGUGAUCAUCUUCGAUCUCGGGCUCUAGAACUCAACUUCAUCCAGCUGAAUUCCAUCGAUGUCAUAGUCUUUUUAUCGUUCGUUUUCUUAGCAGUAAUGUUAACCCUGAGAUGGAUAAUAUGCAGAUGUUGCCGUCGGAUGUGUGGGAGAAAGCAAACAAAAUCCAAGAAGGACUGAGUUGUAGACUACACUUUUGUGAAUGUUCAUAUCAAAAUUAUCUGAUUAUCUCAUCAUUCUUCAAAGUUGCGAGGAAGAUUAUUAUAAAAACUGUUGUAAUAACGUUGAAUGCAAUAAGGAUAACAGUUCUUUCCCUUAUAUUUUGUUCAAUGUUAUAGCAUUCGAAAUUAUUUUUUUUAAUACUAAAUGUGGAAAAUUGUUGCUAUUGAUGUAAAGUCAAGAAGACAGAAUAUAGGACUAUGUUUCAUUUCAUUUCAUUUCGUUUAUUUCCAUUUCCAACAAAAUAAAUAAAGUACAUGGGAUUGCAUUGUACAUAGUAAAACAAUGAAACUUAACAAUAUAUUUGUAAUUGGACCACAGUGUACAGCCUGAUAUGUUCCGGCUUUUGUAUACCACAAAUGAAACUCAUUUUAAAAUCUCUGCCCAACUGCAAUUUUGUCUCAUUUAAUGAAAUUGCCAAAACAAAAGACUGGUGAAUAGACUACAGUACAAUAUAAUCAGUCAUGUAGUAAAACUGAUUACUCAAUAGUUGAAUAACUUGUGCCUCUUUGUAUAUUUCAGCAUUUAAAAAGAAGUUGCCUCAUACCAAUUGGUCCUCUAUCUAUCCUUCUCUGUCUCUCUGUCUCUCUCUCUCUCUCUCUCUCAUUCUCUCUGUCUCAUGAAGCAAGUAACUUUUUGUUAAUUUUCGUCAAUUUGUGCCAUUGAA